AGAGAGAGAGAGAGAGAAGAAGAUGGUCAACGGCAUAUUGGAGGUGCUACUUGUCGAUGCUCGAGGCUUACAGGGGACCGAUUUCUGGGCAGGUCAAAUGGAUCCGUACGUGUUGAUUCAGUAUAAGAGUCAAGAACGCAAGAGCAGCGUCCGUCGAGGAGAAGGUAGCAACCCAGUUUGGAAUGAGAAAUUCACUUUCCGAGUGGAGUACCCUGGUGCAGAUGACCAGUACAAGCUUUUCCUCAGAAUCAUGGACAAGGACACCUUCUCCGCCGAUGACUUUGUUGGAGAAGCCACGAUCCACUUGAAGGAUAUAAUUGCAAUGGGCGUUGAAAAUGGAGGAGCUCAGUUACAUCCCAACAAGUAUAGUGUCGUCAAGACUGACCAAACUUAUUGUGGAGAGAUUAAAGUUGGUUUUACUUUCACUCCAUCGGCGGAAAGGGGAUUGGACCUUAAUGAAGAAGAGUUAGGAGGAUGGAAGCAAAGUGGUUUCUGAUAUAUAG